CAGAGGAAUACAGGUUGUCUGAGUCAGGUCGUCUCAGAUUUGAGAAGAUGAGUGAUUUGGAGGAAGAGGGGGACAGAUCAGAGUCGCCUGUGUCCAGCUGUCUGUCUUUGAAGAGUAAGUCUGAUCCUCCAUUCUUCAGUAAUGAGCCUGGACCCUCAGACACAAAACAGAGAGCUGAGUCUCCAGUGUCCAGCUGCCUGUCUAUGAAGAGUGACCGGUCUAUGGACAGACCUAUAACCUUCAGUAAUGAACCUGCACCCUCAGACACAAAACAGAGAGCAGAGUCUCCAGUGUCAGGUUGUCUGUCUUUGAAGAGUGACUGGUCUUUGGACAGACCUAUAAGCUUCAGUAAUGAACCUGGACCCUCAGACACAAAAGCGAAGAAGAAGAGGAGUCAUGUUUCUGGGGAGGAGCAGCUGUCCUGCUGUGCUUUGUGUCAGGACGUCCUGAAGGAUCCAGUCUCUACCAGCUGUGGACACUGGUUCUGCAGACAGUGCAUCACAUCAUACUGGGACCAGUCUGCUUCAUCAGGAGACUCCUCCUGUCCUCAGAGUGGGAAAAGAUCCAGAACAAGAGCUGGAUGGCAGACAGCCAGUCAGACCAUCACUGUACAAAGAGAUAGUGGUCUGCAGGAGGUUUUAGAUGAACAUAAAAUCAGUCUGAGGAGGAGAUGUGAACAUGUGACUGAAGGAAGUGAUGAAACAGGAAGAGAAACCCUCCUCAACAGGAUCUACACUGAGCUCUACAUCACAGAGGGACAGAGUGAAGAGGUUAAUACCCAACAUGAGGUGAUGCAGCUUGAGACAGCUUACAAGAAGAUCCUCCAUGACACUCCAAUCAAGUGUCACGAAAUCUUUAAAGAUUUACCCGACCAACAGAUACACAUCAGAGUCGUUCUGACGAAUGGCAUCGCUGGCAUUGGAAAAACCUUCUCAGUGCACAAGUUCACUCUGGACUGGGCCGAGGGUUUGGAAAACCAAGAUGUCAGUCCGGUGAUUCUGCUUUCGUUCAGGGAGCUGAACUUGAUCAAAGAUGAGCAUUACAGUCUUCUCACUCUGCUCCAUGUUUUCCAUCCAACAUUACAGAAGGUAACAGCAGAGGAGCUCUCUGUCUGUAAAGUUCUGUUCAUCUUUGAUGGCCUGGAUGAAAGCAGACUGUCUCUGGAUUUCCACAACAAUGAGGUUGUGACUGAUGUCACACAGAAGUCAUCAGUCAACAUGCUGCUGACAAACCUCAUCAAGGGGAAUCUGCUUCCCUCGGCUCUCAUCUGGAUAACUUCCAGACCUGCAGCAGCCAAUCAGAUCCCUCCUGCAUGUGUUGACAGGGUAACAGAAGUACGAGGCUUCACUGACGCCCAGAAGGAGGAGUACUUCAGGAGGAGAGUCAGUGAUGAAGAUCUGUCCAGCAGAAUGAUCUCCCACAUCAAGACAUCCAGGAGCCUCCACAUCAUGUGUCUAAUCCCAGUCUUCUGCUGGAUCACUGCCACAGUUCUGGAUCACAUGUUGACUACAGAGCAGAGAGGAGAGCUGCCCAAGACCCUGACUGACCUGUACUCUCACUUCCUGCUGGUUCAGACAAAGAGGAAGAAGAAGAAGUAUGAUGAGAGACAUGAGACGAGUCCACAGGAGCUGACGGAGGCUGACAGAGAAGUUCUUCUGAAGCUGGGGAGGCUGGCUUUUGAACAUCUGGAGAAAGGAAACAUCAUGUUCUACCAAGAAGACCUGGAGCGCUGUGGUCUUGAUGUCACAGAGGCCUCGGUGUUCUCAGGAGUUUGUACACAAAUCUUCAAAAGAGAGUCUGUGAUCUUCCAGAAAACAGUCUACUGCUUCAUUCAUCUGAGCAUUCAGGAGUUCCUGGCUGCAGUUUACAUGUUUCACUGUUUCACCAACAGGAAGACAGAGGUACUGGAGUACUUCCUGGGGAAAGAUGGGGAGAAUUACAGAUCCCUGGAUGUUUUACUGGAGAGAGCCAUGAAGAAAUCCUUCCAAAGUAAAAAUGGUCACCUGGACCUGUUUGUCCGCUUCCUUCAUGGCCUUUCUCUGGAGUCCAACCAGAGACUAUUGGGAGGCCUGCUUGGUCGUACAGACAACAGUCCAGAAAUCAUUCAGGGAGCCAUCAACAACCUGAAGAAGAUGAACAUGUCCAAAAUCUCUCCUGACAGAAGCAUCAACGUCUUCCACUGUCUGCUGGAGAUGAACGACCUCUCAGUACAUCAGGAGAUCCAAGAGUUCCUUAAGUCAGAGAACAGGUCAGAGAAGGAGCUCUCUGACUUCCACUGCUCAGCUCUGGCCUACAUGCUGCAGAUGUCAGAGGAGGUUCUGGAUGACUUUGACCUGCAGAAGUACAAUACAUCGUGGGAGGGACGACAGAGACUGAUUCCAGCUGUGAGGAACUGCAGAAAGGCUCUACUUUCUGGCUGUGGAAUCUCAGAGAGUCACUGUGAAGUUGUGGCCUUAGCUCUGAAGUCCAACACCUGCCACCUGAUAGAGCUGCACCUGAGUGACAACUACCUGCAGGAUUCAGGAGUGAAGCAGCUGUGUGCUGGACUGGAGAGUCCACACUGUAGACUGGAGACUCUGAGAUUGAGUUGGUGCACUUUGUCAGAGAUCAGCUGUGGUUGUCUGGCCUCAGCUCUGAGAUCCAACCCCUCACAUCUGAGAGAGCUGGAGCUGAGCUAUAACAACCUGCAGGAUUCAGGAGUGAAGCUGCUGUGUGAUUUUCUGGAGAAUCCACACUGUAGACUGGAGACUCUGAGAUUGAGUUGGUGCACUUUAUCAGAGAUCAGCUGUAGCUAUCUGGCCUCAGCUCUGACGUCCAACCCCUCCCAUCUGAGACAGCUGCAGCUGAGUAAAAACAAUCUACAGGAUUCAGGAGUGAAGCUGCUGUGUGAUUUUCUGGAGAGUCCACGUUGUAGACUGGAGACUCUGAGAUUGAGUUCCUGCAGGUUGUCAGAGAUCAGCUGUGUUUCUCUGGCCUCAGCUCUUAAUUCCAACCCCUCCCAUCUGAGAGAGCUGGAGCUGAGAGGAAACAACCUGCAGGAUUCAGGUGUGAAGCUGCUGGGUGAUUUUUUGGAGAGUCCACACUAUAGACUGGAGACUCUGAGCUAGAAACUGAUCUCUGUCAGUAUGAGUGAUGUGGUGGUGAGGUGGAUGUGGUGAGAGAAUCAGCUGCAUCCUGAUGAUCCAGAGAGGUUGAAGCAGCUACAUCAGAGACUCUGACUGGACCAUGUUACUGGGAGGAAGACGGGGAGACUGACUGGGCCAUGUACUGUAACUGGGAGGUAGAGUGGAGAGACUGUGACUGGGCCAUGUUACUGGGAGGUAGAGUGGAGAGACUGUGACUGGGCCAUGUUACUGGGAGGAAGACAGGAGAGACUCUGACUGGACCAUGUUACUGGGAUGUAAAGUGAAGAGACUCUGACUGGACCAUGUUACUGAGAGGUAGAGUGGAGAGCUUCAUCCAACACUGACUGACAGAAGAAUCCCAAGUGGACAUGAUUCUCAGUGCUGCAGUCUCAGACAACCAAAACCAGCAUGAUGUGAUCAGAAGGGGGGGGGUCUUGCAAAGGUAUUAUCAUCUUUUUGAGUCUGAACACCUCAAAACUAUAUCUUUAAUCAAUGUGAAAAGACAACUGUUGACUUUUUUUUAUUUGAGCUCUUGCUUUUGGUUUUAUAUGAACCAGUUUGGUUGAGACACAGUUUGUAAAAUGCUGUGUAAAAGUUAAAUUUUGUACCAGAAAACAGUGGGAUAAUUGAAGAAGUGGGAUGAUUGAUUUAUUAUAAAAUUCUCAGCAAAUAAUCAAUAUGUGAAGAGUUAAUUUCUUUCUAAUCCAGUGAAUAGUCCUCCUUCAUGAGAUGUCCUAUAGGUCAACUCAAAGCAAUGAUUAUUGCAUUCUGCUUCAAAACUUCUUUCUUAAGGAAGUGUCAGAGGGUCACAAGACUCCCAUGCAAUCAAACAUAUCCCAACAUUCUGCACAACCUAUCUUCGUGAAAGUGGCGACUCAGCUCUGGUCCACCUGAAGACUAAGUACAGGAACAGAGUAAACAUUGAACACAACCUUAAAGUUACUUUGUCAACCAUCACCCAUGACUUUGAGACUCUUAUGAAAAACAAAAAACAUUCUGUGGAAGUUAGUCUGUGCUUACAGCUUUCCAGUUGAGAGUGAAUUAUAUCAAUUACACUGUUUUCCUUGAGUAUCUCAAAAUAAAAAUGAUGCUUGACAUGA